AUGGCGCGGUCGUACUAUGACGCUUUGGGACAGGCCCAAGGUGUGGACUUUGAUUUUUUCGAUAUGGGACAGGACUCCGAGGAGUCCCAGUCCUUUGCAACCCCUCCGCCCGACGCUCAUCGGCGUUGGGGUCGUAGGGGCGGGGCGAAGCCGGGCACCGGAGGCUUAUCUUCGAGUGAUCGGAGCGGGGAGAGUGCCCAAGAGGAGUUUUUUCGAGGCCAUCGACCGCGUCGUGUUUUUUGGGAUGGUUGGUCAGAAGAUGGGAAGUGGGAGGGCAAGGAGACUGAGAGUCGCCAAGGCCACGACCCGUCUUGGCAUACUGCAGGCGGCAACGAGGACGCUGCAGAUGAGAACUGGAGCUGGAAGACCGGCCACUCGGGGAAGACGGGCUGGUCGGAUAGUUCCUGGAGCCGGUCCAAUGAGAACUGGGGCUGGAAGAGCCAGGUCGAUAAUGACUCUGCGUGGAGUGAGGGCUACAACGUGAACUUUGUCGAGGACGAGGUGGGCCUCGACGACUAUGACACCAAGAACUUUGACGGCAAGGGCAAGGUCAAGGUUGCUGGUGCCAUGGGUGGCGAUGAAGAGAAGAGCAAGCCUAUGGGCAAGGUUAGUAGUACCUACCCCCCGAUCUUCCGUGCGAAGCCCCAGGAGAGCUAUGUGGAGUGGAAGAGGAGCGUGGAGUUUUGGAUCGGCAGUGAGGCUGGACAGCUCCCGCCGGAGAUCAUUGGACCGCGGAUAAUGGUCCAACUCAAGGACCGUGCGGCUCAGCUUGUGAAACACCUCAGCUUGGCAGAUGUUAACCAUAAGGACGGCAAGAGCAAGAUCUUUGAGGUGCUGGAGCAGGCCCCCUUGAUUAAGCAGGUGGAGCGGCAUCGGAUUGACGAGCAUCGCCGUCGGCUUAUGCAGUUGAACAGGGCCGCUGGAGAGUCUAUGGAAUCCUACAUCACGAGAGCGGGUGUGUACAGGUCGCACUUGCUGGGGUUGGACCCUAGUUUGGCCAUGGGCGAGGCUUUCUAUGUGGGGCAUCUGCUAGAUCAUGCUCACUUGACCAGGCGAGACAAGGUAAUGAUCAAGACUAAGGCCGGGAACCCCAACAGCGAGACCGAGAUCACCGCCGCCAUGAUGGACUUGGCUGCGGAGCUCGAAGGAGAGAGUGGAUAUCCGGUGGGGAUCGCUGAGCCUUCGCUGGCGCGCAACGGAGAAGAAUGGCUCCUUCAACGGAGCGAAGGGAGGCAGCAGCGGCUGCCCAGUGGGCAACCUGGCGGCCGGACGGCCCGCAGUGUCUUCGCUGCUGAGGGUGGCAAUGUCGAGGAGCCCGAGUUUCUUGUGCAUGAGGAUGGAGAAGAGAGCCUGGAGGAAGGAGACAUUCCUCCCGAGAUCAUGCACAUGGAGAAUGAGGCUUUCGGUACUCAGUACAAGGCCCGUCAGAAGAUUGCCGAGGUUCGCAAACUGCGGCAAUACUACAAGAAGCCGGAGCAGAAUGAGGAACGCCGCCGUCUUCUGCAGGAAAAGAUGAAGACGAACCCGUGCCACGCCUGUGGCCAGCUAGGGCAUUGGUCUCGUGAAUGCCCGAACCCAAAUGGCGGUGGCAAGCCUCAGGGUGUUCUAGCUGCACGUGCCGCGGUUCCUUCCAAGGAGGCGACAAGUUUGACUGACGGUGCUGAGUGGGCUUUGUUGGCCUCUGUGUGUGGGAGCUCAAAGGGCUCCACCGACGUGCCGCGACCGUCCCGAGCCAGUCCGCAAUACACGGUGCAUCAGGUGUAUUCUUCGGUGAGUGUUGCCCUUCAUGAGGUGUGUUGGUCGCUGAAGGAGUUGGUCUACAAAGUGAUACUUGAUAUCGGAUGCAUGAGGUCUGUGGCUGGUGUUCACUGGGCGAAUGCUCUGGUCAAGCGGUGGCAGGGAGAAGGCCGAUGGUUUCGGGUUACGCCAGAAGUUGAGGUCUUUAAGUUUGGGGACGGUGAGAUCCUCAAGAGUCGUUAUCGUUUGAGUUUCUUGGGGAGCUUUGGGGCGAAACCAGUCGUCUACGGCUUCAGCAUCGUGGAUGGAGUUUGCCCACCUUUGUUCUCCCGGGCGGGGUGCACUCAGAUUGGGGCCGUGAUUGACUGCGAGCAUCAUUGCGUCGGUGCUAGGAAGCUGGGCGUAAAGUCAUAUGGGCUCGGGCUUGACAGUGGUCACUACACCAUGCCAGUUGAUGAGUGUGAUCCGCUGUGUGCUGCCUUGCCUGAAGACUUCAUGUUGGAGAAUGGGAUCGAUGUGACUCCUGUAUCCCCGGCAGUUUUGAAGCUCGAGCCUCCUCAUGACAGCCCGCCUCGAGCUCGAGAAGCACAUGGCCUCCUCGGCAGCCGAAGCAGCCCCGAAAUGCAAGCUGUGCCAGGGACCUCACCGGACGCGCGAUUGCCCGACCAUUGCGGAGAUCUCCGACGACAGCUUCGACAAGGUGGCCAUGCCGGUGGAUCAAGAGGAGAAGGACAGCGUGGUACGGAAGAAGCCGGGGGCCCGCAAACCUUUGAUGGAUCGGCGGGUGAAGACCGAACCGGAGACGACGAGCACCGAGACUCCGAACAACGAGCCGAUGUCCUGGGGAUCUCUGGAGACUUUGACCCCGGCCGAGAUCCAGAUGCUAACCAAGAGGCGGGCACGGGCGGCAUCGGCCAAAUCCAAGGCCCAGGCCCGCAAGGCCCUGACCGGGGAGCAGGCGGAUUACCCUUCGUUGAGCCUCGUCUGGGCCAACGAGGUCGCGCUGAAUGUGGCCUGCUCAGUGCACAGCAAGAUGAGGACCUAUCUGUGGAAGAAGUUCGUUUGGCAGCUGAGGGUCAAGAUGGCGGUGGAGCGGGAGUCCGGGAAGCGCUGGAAGAGAAACCCGCGAUGGCUCAGUCUGCUGCUCAGCAAGGAGAUCGCCUUCCUCUUCGGCCACUUUGGGGCGAUGAGGCAAAAGCUGAACUCUCCGGAGACGUGGCGGCUGAUGUAAGGGCCAAGGAGCCCCGUGUGCACCGGCCCAGCCGGGGUGUGACCCAGAAGCUGAAGGCGGGUGUGACUGCGGGGAAGGCGGCUCUCCAGGUCCUCUCCGAUGUGGUUGUGGACAAGGGCCAGUGGAUCCUCCUUGAGGUGUUUGCGGGCACGGGGCGACUGACGCAGUGGGCUCAACAUGGGGGCCAAUGGCGAGCUGUUGCCCGCUUGGAUCGAGAUGCUGGAUGGGAUCUCACUAGACGUGAGGACGGGCGCAAGCUGCUGGAGCUGGUGAGCCAGGAGAAGCCCGAUCUGGUGACGCUGGCUCCUCCUUGUGGGGCCUGGAGCGUGCGUCAGGAUGAAGGUGGGCGCCCAGAAACCUGGGAAUGGCGCAGGCAGCAGCUCCCCCUUUGGCAGCUGGUUUCUGAGGUAUGGAGGGUUCAGAACGAUGGCGGCCGGUUGGUUCUUACUGAGCAGCCUGUUGGAUCCGAGGCCCUUCAACUGUCCAUGAUGCAGGGCCGCGACUCGCUGUUCCGGGUCUAUCUCGACUUGUGCGCCUUCGGCUUGAUUCACCCGGAGAAUGGGGAUCCGCUCCAGAAGCGGGUGGUCCUGGAUGUGAAUGACAAAGAGUUUGCCCGCGAGCUCGCCAAGAACUCUUGGUGUCCUCACAAGCACGGUGGGCACCUUGCCGUGAAAGGCAUGUGCCGGGUGGAUGGGGAAGCCCUUAGGCUGUCCGACUGGGCUGCCCGAUGGCCUGACCGUUUCUGUGUGCAUGUGCUUCGGGGUGCUGAGGCUGUGCUAACCAAAGCAUGGAAGGACCCCGUUGAGGAUUGGAGUUUGAGCGAGCCGAUUCCUAGCUCGGGAUGUUGGGAGGCUACCGUCGUGACGAAUGCCUCUCUCCCUGAGGAGCAUCUGCGGAAGCACAUGGCCGAGAACUGCUUGUCCGGAGAGAGGUACGACUUUGUCUCGUUUGAGGGGGCUAGCAACCAACAACCGCGGCGACUGCGAGCGAUGGUGGCCCACUUGCAUGUGACGCUCGGACAUCCCUCCAAUGAGAGAUUGGCUCGUAUGUUGUCAGUGAGCGGCGGGAGGCCUGAGGUCGUUCAGCUUGGCAGGAAUCUGCGGUGUCAGGUGUGUGCUAUGGUUCGCCCUCCUCAAGCAAUGCCUCAAGUAGCGUACUCCAAGCCCAAGCAGUUCAAUGAGCGGAUCUCCGGGGACUCCUUCUAUAUUUGGGACAUCGAGGGGGUGAAGUAUGCGGUCACCCACUUCAUUGAUGGCCUGACUGACUAUCACGUGGGCGACCUCACGGACAGGCCCGACAGUGGCUUCUCGCGAGAGGUGCUCCAGGAUUUGUGGCUCGGGCCGUUUGGCCCUCCAGACCUCCUGAUCACGGACGGUGGCCCGGAGUUUGCGGGACAAAUCCCGAUCCUCACCGACCUGUUCGGCAUGGUUCACGAGAUAGUCCCUGAGGGUGCUAAGUGGAGGAUGGGCCAAGCCGAGCGGCACGGGGCCAUUGUGAAGCUGAUGAUGAUGAGGAAUGUAAAGGCCAUGGCCCUCGCAGGGCUCAAACACAUGCGCUUGGCCGCUCUAUGCGCCUUCUCGGCAAAGAACCGCUUGAGCAAUAAGGGUGGUGUCAGCCCGAUGCAAGCAGUAACCGGAAGGGCCUCUGUGAUUCCGGGGUCGUUGAUGCAACAGCUGGCUGGCGGGCACCUCCGUUUCAAGCACAACCAAGCCCUGGAGACCAGCGAGGCCUUGGCACAAGCUGAGCGGAUCCGCCAUGGGGCUAUCGAAUCCUUCCACUGGCUGGAUUCCCACGAAGCACUUCGGCGAGCACUUGCAUCCCGGUCACGACCGCCAGCCCUCGAAGGCCUGCGUGAAGGGGCUGUGGUGUAUGUCUAUGAGCCUCCGGUAUCUCGCCGUGGGCAAGCCCGACGACUACAAGAUGCUUCGUCCUGGCAAGGGCCCGGGGUGGUUGUCUGUGUGGAAAGGGACAAACCGGUGCCGGCCAGAAUCUGGGUGCGGAUCCGUGGAAGGGUCAAGGCGUUUCCCCUGGAGAAGUUGAGGCUUGCCACACCCGACGAGAUGAUGGGGGCCGAGUACAUCACACAUGCGCUGCAGGAUGUUGAGGAUGAGCUCAAGAAGGGGAUCCUUACGGUCGAUGAGAAUGGGGGCGUCGGUGGCAAUGCUGCGGACGAGGACGCGGAGCUCGCGACGGUGAUCAAUGCCCCCGACCGCAAGAAGGAUCGAGCUCCUCAAGGGUCGUCAGAUUCAUCAUCUUCGAGUUCCUCUGACGUCGAAGUUGAUGAGCGAGCCGAGGCCAAGGCGCAGUUGCUCGACGACAUACCCUACUGUGUCCGGCAGAACUUGAAGCAGAAAGCCGAGGAUGCCAAGCAGCCCCAGGAUCCUCACGAGUGGGAUCUAGCCAAGAAAAGGAGACUCUUCGAGAAGCUCUCCAAGCAGCUGGAACCUCCCUCCACCCUGGAGGAGGCUGGCAUCCGCGACCACUUGAACAAUGUCUACUCCAAGUUCAAGGCGGUGAAGCGAGCUAUCGGAGUGAAACCCAAGGGCAGUGCAACUCGUUCCCGAGCAAGUGCCCGGGGUCGGAAUAUCGAUCCUAUGGAGGUGGUGCAACCUCAGGGGGUGAAUAUGGUGGAGGACCUCGACCUCGAGGCCGGGAUGUUCAAGCCGGGUGAGUAUGAGGCGAUGCUCAAUGACACUAUUGGACAAUGGACCUUGUGGUCAAGCCCUUCUCCACACUCAGGUGAACAGAAGCUGAUUGAGGUGACCGCCGCCCUCCACGAGGCGGACAAGGCCGGUGUGACCGAGGUGGUGACCGGGAAGGCUCGCGUCGAGUACAAAUGGUCAGGCCUUGACGAACAAUGGAGGCAAGCUUAUGUCGGGCCGCUGAAGAAGGCCCUUCAAGUCUACCUUGACCACGCCGGGAUCAAGGGGGUUCCGAAGGGGACCGUUGUGGACCCCAGCCGGAUCCUCAGCUCGCGUUUUGUGCUGACCAACAAGGGCGGUUCGGAGCUGUCAGAGGCCCUCUUGAAGGCGAGAUGGAUCAUUGGAGGCCAUCGCGAUCCAGAUGCUGGCCUCUAUGAUACGAGCUCCCCAACGGCUUCGACGUUGGGCCACGGGCUUCUGAACUUUGUCGCUGUGCAAAACAAGUGGGUGAUCCACUAUGAGGACGUGACCGCGGCCUUUCUUCAAGGAAAGGAGCUACCCAGGACUGAGCGGAUCUACGCUCGACUACCCAAGGGAUAUCCUCCAGAGGUCGUCGAGUUCUUGGUGGAGGCCCUUGGGGGAGAUGUCCGCGAUGAUCUGGUUGAGAUCACCAAGGGUGGCUUCGGUUUGCCCGAGAGUCCUCGGUUGUGGUACCUGGCCUACAAGGAAGUGCUCCAGGAGUUGGGCCUUCACGAACUUCGCCUCGCGCCUGGGGUGUUCCGGGCUUUCACUGAGGCCGGGGGCGUGAGGGCCAUGGCGAGCAUCCACGUCGAUGACACCCGCUAUGCUGGUGAUGAGACCAGUGGGGUGCUGUGGGAGCAACUACAUGCUCGACUAAAGUUCGGUGAAGUUCGGAAGGCUACUGAGGGGUGGCAAAAGUUUUGUGGGAGGUGGGAGCGACAAGAUCCCCUCACUUUUGAGCUGGAGGUGAGCAUGGAUAGCUACAUCACGAACAUCCCGCUUGUGAAACCGAAAGGCAACCUCCUCUACAUCGAGUUCCAGUUGCACUACGAUGACUUCGGGGUCAGGUCCCAGUUUAGGAAAGGCAACCUCCUCUACAUCGAGUUCCAGUUGCACUACGACGACUCCGGGGAGCCUCCGUUGACAGAUCAGGAGAAGCGUGUGCUCAGUUCCGUGGUUGGCCAGUUGAACUGGGCAGCACGUCAGGCUCGUUUUGACCUGUGUUUCGGAACGUCGUUGGUGCAACAGCUGGCUGGUCAAGGGCGAGGUGAGGCUAUGAAGUGGAUCAACACGGUCAUCCGUCGAGCCAAGGAGUCAGUGGUACUGCGGGUUCGGAAUCUCGGGUGCAGCCUGGAGGACGUGGUGGUGCUCUCCGUCAGCGACGCCGCCUAUGGUGCGAUGCCAAAUGGUGGUAGCCAAGGGGGUACCCUCGUGAUGUUUGCCAGCCCAACCGUUUUGGAGGGGGUGGGACCGGUGUGCAUCCUGGAGGCCACAAGUUCAAAGGUGCAGCGGAUUGUCAGGUGCUCUAUGUCGGCCGAGGUGUCUUCGUUGGCUACGGCUUUUGAGCACGGUGACUACGUGCGGGCCCUCUUUGUGGAGUUGGUCAAGCCGACAUUCAGUUUGAAGCACUGGAAGGCGUCGGUCGCUGCCUGGAAGCAUGUGCUAGUGACGGAUGCCCGGACCGGCUAUGAUGCUAUCAAUUCUGAGACUCUGCCCACCGACAGGAAGAUUGCGAUUGAUGUUGGAGUCCUCCGUCAAGGGUUGGUGGAGGACAGCGCCGGCUGUCAGGUCCGUUGGGUCCCUGGUAGUCAGAUGCCUGGGGACGGACUGACGAAGUGGCACGACAAUGGGGUGCUGCUUCGCAUUAUGACGGAGGGCUGCUGGUCCCUGAAGGACACCGCGGAGGCUCAGGAACUACGACGUCAAGCAGCAGCUAAGCGGUCGGCUUGGCGAAAGUCUCAGAAAACCAAUAGCAUUUGA